AUGCAGCAACACGGCUACGGCGACAAUUGGUUCACCAACCUCUACGAGCUGGGGACCGAGUACGUCAAACUGCACGCCGAAGAGGACGCCGGUCUCCAGGCCCAAGCAUCGUCACAAUCGCCCAUGCAUUGCUACGGCGAUUCGUGGUUCGAGAACCUCGACGCCCAGAGGCUGGCAUAUGAACAGCACAAGGCUGCCGCCGGGCGGGAGGAGGGGGAAGGCCCCCAGCCGCACAACUACGGGGACGCAUGGUUCGAGAACUUGAAUCAGCAGAGGAUGGCCGUGGCCAACGCGCAGAGACCUCAACCUCACAACCACGGCGAUGCGUGGUUCGAGAACCUCAACGAUUUGCGCAUCGAGUACGAACGCACACAUCAACCACUGCCCCACAACUACGGCGACGAGUGGUUCGAAAACCUCAACACCCAGAGAAUGCAGUACGAGCAGCUUCGGGGCCGUCAGCCGCAGCUACACCCACACAACUACGGCGCGGAUUGGUUUGAUGGGUACGAGCGCAUGUGGGAAGAGUGGCAGACUUUGAAGCCGUGCCGGCGAGCAUAG